AUGUAUGCUGAAGCUGCUGCUGCUUACAGAAUAGAGAAUGUAAAAGAAGCAGCGCUGCGUGCUGCAGCAGCGGCAUACGACCCCUCAACCGAUUCUGCAAGCAACAACCGACAGCAAGAAGCACAAGCAGAUGUAGACAGGCAAACAUAUGCAAACGGACAAACAGACAAUGACAAACCAAUAGUUGAAGACCGACAUAAAGGUGAAGAGGGACAAGGAUAUGAAAACCGACAAAGAGAUCAAGACAUACAUAGAGAUGACAAUGCACAAAGAUAUGGAAACACCGAUGCAGAGACAGCACGCAUUCGAGCAAUCUCGGCAACCUCCUUAAUAACUUCAGGGGCACCAGUAACUUCAGGUGCCGCAACAGCAGCAGAUGCAACGGCAACUUCAGGUACAACAACAACGACAACAAUGGCCGCAGCUUCAUCAUCUCAACUCGUCAGUGCUGCGCCUUCAAAUCUCACAAAUAACACAGCAACGGCGGGAUCUGGAUCAGGACCGGGGUCAGGAACAGGAUCGGGAUCGGGAUCUGGGUCGGCACCGGGGUCGGGGGGCGGAUCCCAGGACUCGGCACCAGCUCCUGCUCCUGUUCCAACCGCUAAUAUUGUCGUGCCAGCAAACUCGGGAAUGUGCAGCGAUAUCCAACUGUCAGCCAAGGGAUCAUCCUCGAACGACGCAGCCGACCCAACCCUGACGUAUACCUGGUGA